CAAAAAAAAUACUAAAAAUCACUCCCCCAAAUGAGAAAGGAAAGGAUUACAUAUCAGCUUAUGCUUUGUGCAACACAAAAAUCGCUGUGAACCACACACUGUGACUCUGCCACAGACAAAAAAUUUGCCCUUUUGCACAUUUUGCAACAACCUGAGGCUUUCCACAGCCAAAAGGGUUUUUUCCUAAACUCUUAAUUCGAACCCCAAUUUGUUUGAUUUUGGGAUUUUUUUGGCGAUUAUUGCUUCCAAACCCUACUCUCUCUACCCGACCCACGCAGCCAGGCUGUGAACACCGCAAAAAGUUGCAAACUUUACAAUGGACGAAGAAAGAAUAGGGCUGGUUCUUGCCAAAACCUCGGAGUUAAGGUCUAAAAUCAUUAAUUGCAUUCACAAAACAAGUUUUAAUGCGGGAAAAGAAAGUGGAAAGAUCGAGUCCCAUGAAUCUGAGGCAGGCCCAGAUGAAGAAAAUCAAGAUUCUGAUGUUGAUGAUGAUGCAGAUAGUCUUCUCAAUAUCAAAGAUGCACUUGAAUCCCUAGAGGGUCAGCUCUCGUAUUUGCAGUCCUUACAACAGCAGCAAUGGUACGAAAGGGAAGCAGCUUUGGCCGAAAUCGAGCACAGCCAGAAAAAGCUACUAAACGAGCUCAAACAAUACAAAGGCACGGAACUCGAAGUCAUUCACGAGGCCAUCUCGUUCGCCAGCCUGGCAGAGGAAAAUAAUCCCGAGCUUCUUCUCCUCCCGCCCUACCCUAGCCGCCCGGAAAACAACGGGCAUGCCCGUAAAUUCCCACUACAAAAUGGCGGUGUGCCAGAAAAACCAGGCAGCCCGUCGUGGGGCCCGCUAAAGUGGGUUGGGGGAGUGAUUGGGCUGGCGGUUAAAACGGGCCUGACUGUUUUUGCGGUGGUGGCUAUAAUGGGCUUGGCUGGUUCUUUGGAGAGGAAUGGGGAGAAGCUUUUUGGGAUUGAGGGGUCCAAGGAGAAUGGGGACAGGUGUCCGCCAGGGAAGGUGGCUGUGACGGAGAAUGGUGAAACGCGGUGCGUCGUCAAGGAGAGGGUCGAGGUCCCGUUCGACUCGAUGGUGGGUAAGCCUGAUGUGAGCUAUGGGUGUGGGUGAGAUUUUGAAUUUUUGAAGCCUGCAGAAAAAAAAAUGGAGAGAAGUUGAAUUUUUAGGGUUCUUUUUUAUUACUUUGUUUGUUGUAUAUUCCAAUCUCUUUUGACAUGCAGUUGUGUGAUGAUCAGAAUAGAUUUUUUUCUUUUUAUUGGUGGUGACAAAAAUGUAAUUUUUCUCUACUUAGUAAUUUUUCUGUUUUUCGAAGUUGGUAGUUUUAGUCGGUUUUUGAAUACUUCACUGGUGUUCAAUUGGUUUUACUGCAU